AUGGCUCUAAAGAUGUCUGAUCCAGGUAGUUUCACUAUUCCGUGCACAAUCGGGAGCUACGCCUUUGCAAAGGCCUUAUGUGAUCUGGGAGCCAGCAUAAAUCUGAUGCCGCUGGCUGUGUACACUAAAUUGGGCAUCGGCAGAGCUAGACCGACUUCUAUACUGCUACAGCUGGCUGAUCGCACGGUAGAUGAGGAGAUACCUCUCAUUCUGGGUAGACCGUUUUUGGCGACUGCUAGAGCACUGACCGAUUGUGAGACUGAGGAACUAAAAAUGAGAUUGAACGAUGAAGAAGUCAUAUUCAAUGUUCAGCAAUCUAUGAGAAGACCCAGCGAAUAUGCUAAUUGCUCUUUAGUGGAUACAGUAGAUGUGAUUCUGCAAGAGGACGACGCGACCCUGACUAUGAAUGACCCAUUGGAUGCAUGUCUGAAAAAUCCAGAAGAGAUGCAUGGUGAAGGGUUGGCUGAGUGGGUCAUGGCACUUGAAGGACGAGGAUUCUGGACAGGGAACCUCAAUUUGAGUCCCUUGAAUUAG